AUGGUUAUUCCACAAAAACGAGAAAAAACAUUAAAUAUUCAACAGACUUCGAGCAACAUCAAUGGCAUACUUGUUGUGAUUUUUACAUUACUACACCACUACUUGGAAUGCAAACCUGAUUUACAAGGCACAGUUGCUUCCUCUGUCUAUGGGAUAGCCGCGAGUUACGAUAGACUAUUUCAAGGGAGUUUUAUGGGCCCGCAAAUUAGAGAUCUUAUGGAGGAUGAUAAAUUUAAAGAAGUGUUGGAACGUAAUGAAUUGCAAGCUUGGAAUUCCUUGAAAUCAGUUUGCAAUAAUUUUCUCGGCAAUCAUAGAGCCAAAAAUUAUAAGGAACUGGUGAAUUCACGGUUGUCAACUUACCAUAGUUUAGGAUGCCGAAUGACGCUUAAAGUUCACUUUUUACAUUCUCACCUUGAUUUUUUCCCUCCUAACCUUGGCGAUAUUAGUGACGAACACGGAGAAAGAUUCCAUCAAGACAUCGCAAGAAUAGAGAAAAUUUAUCAGGGUAAAGUCAGUCCUUCUAUGAUGGGUGAAUAUUGCUGGAUGCUCCAACGUGAUGUUCCUAGUGCUACCUAUAAGAAAAAGGCGAAGAAAGCUCAUUUCUAG